AUGGUCCUGCCUAUGGUCCUGCCCAUGGUCCUGCCUAUGGUCCUGCCCCUCCAAGAGGAAGCCCCUCCCUCUGCUCAGCACAAGCAGCCGGCUGCUUGCCUUUCUCCACUGGCUGAGCUCCGUCCACACGGCCACGCGCGGUGUUCCAGCUUCUUACUGACAACAAAAGUGGAGCAUGUGUCGUCUCUUCCCACUUUGCUCUUCCGCUGGAGCAGCGGACACCGACGGUUCCCGACCCUGAAGCAACAGGCCUGUGCCCGCUGCGCAGAGGGUGAGCUGCUGUUUGAACACCCGCAGUGCUGUGAGUGUGUGGGGUAA